GUCUAGUGGCUGUCUAUGACUUUUGAAUGUCGAACCGCGUCUAUUCAUUUUGAACUUGGCUGUAUGCUUUGUGACUUUGGCCUUUGGUGAAAAAAAAAAAAAAAAAGACUUGACAUUUCAAUAACAAUAGCGGGAAUCGGGAUCAUUAGUAUUUCGUUUUCAGUUGAGUGAUUUGUGUCUGUGUUUUUUGAAUUGGAUAUUAUGUGAUGAUAACGUUAUUCAAAGAGUGAAAAGUUUAACAUAUGGCUCCACAUUUUCAAUACAUAAAAACAAAAUGGAAGAUAAUAUAAAGCAUUGUGUAAUGAAGGAACCACACAACCAUAAUACAGAGAAAUCCAUGUACAACACGAGGACAAAGGUUACGAGUAGAUGUGCGAAUACAUUGUUCAUUUUGUUAAGGACAGUUAUAAGUUCGAUAGUAGUGAGCAAGCAAUGGAUGGUGUGUUUAUUUUUAAUUACAUGUGUGAGUGCAAAGGAACAGAAGUUUGCUUUGGAGCCGCAGGAUCAGAGUGCAGUAGUGGGGUCACGCGUGAUCCUGCCAUGCCGUGUCGUCAACAAAGUCGGUCAGUUGCAAUGGACCAAAGAUGACUUCGGGCUCGGUACACAUAGACACCUGUCUGGAUAUGAGCGGUAUAAAAUGGUCGGGAGUGAUGAAGAAGGAGAUUAUUCCUUGGAUAUUAGAGAUGUGCUGUUGGAUGAUGACGCCAUGUACCAGUGUCAAGUGAGCACCGGCCCUAAAGGUGAAGCAGCAAUCCGAUCAAGAUACGCCCGUCUCACAGUAUUAGUGCCACCGGAAUCUCCGAAAAUACUGAAAGGGCCAGUACUACAAGCGGUCGAAGACAGAGAUGUUGAUCUGGAGUGCGUGUCCGUUGGUGGCAAACCAGCUGCGGAAAUAACAUGGGUGGAUAAUGAAGGCAACGUUUUGACGCAAGGAGUGACGUAUACAGUGGAAGAAAUGUCUGACGGACGACGGUAUACUGCAAGGUCUAUCCUUCGUCUUCGUCCGAGGAAACAACAUCACAAUCAGACGUUUGUAUGCCAAGCGCAGAAUACUGCUGACCGCGCGUAUAAGGCUGCUACUAUCAAACUCAGGGUACAAUAUGCACCACGUGUUCGUAUAUACGUGAAAGCCGGAUCAACUAAUGGCAGGAUACAUGAAGGAGAUGCUGUUAUAUUAGGUUGUCAAGCGACAGCAAAUCCGAAUAACUUGACAUACAAAUGGUAUGUAAACAGUGAGAGGGCUGGAAACACAAAUAGCAAUGAAUUGGUAAUAUCGAAUAUAUCGAGAAGUUAUAAUGGAGCAACUAUAAAAUGUGAGGUGUACAAUGAAGUAGGAAAAAGUGCUGAUACUAAAGCUUUGGAGGUGGCAUACGGUCCAACAUUCAAACACAAACCACAAAACGUGGAAGGCGAAUCCGGGUCGUCAGCCACUCUUAGCUGUAUGGCGGAUGGCCAUCCACAACCUAAAACCCUUUGGUUGAGAUAUGAACGGGAUAGAGUUAUUAUCGUAGGUAAAUCGUCAAACCUCUCAUUGACUAUAACGAAACAAUCAGCGGGGCAAUACUGGUGUCGAGCUAGUAUAGAUGGCAGGAAGGAUAUUGAAGCGGCUGCUAUGGUUUAUGUUAAAGGUCCCCCAAAAAUAAUUUCCAAUCAGACGCAGUACGGGAUAGAAGGAGACAGCGUGAGGAUAGAGUGUAUAUCCUUCUCUGUCCCCAAGCCAGACCUCGUUAUAUGGGCGUAUGAAGGAAAUGAAAUUAAUUCUUUUCAUAACCAAGAAUACGUAUUUCUAGAAGAAACCUUAGCUGAUAGAUUGACAAAAUCGACACUUAUAAUAAGAGACAGUCAAGCCAGACAUUUUGGUUCAUACAAUUGUACAGUCAGCAACGCGUAUGGAGUGGACAGUAUGCAAAUAAAUCUUUUGCCAGAUAAAUCAUCCUCGCUCAUAAUCAUAAUAUCUGGCGCGUCAUUACUAACGAUCAUAAUAUUCGUAAUAAUGUUCAUCAUUAUGCUCUGCCAACGUAAAAGUAACAAAUGUGACGUCAAGAAGCCAGACAUCCCUGACAUUAACAAGGGUUGUCAGUUUGAAAGCGAUCGGAAUUCCAACAUAAGCGACUUGAAAAUGGAGUUGCGUCACAUUGAGGGUAGUUGUGAAAUGGAUGUAUCAAACGAAUCAGAAACAGAUCUCCGUUCAACAUUACAUCUAACAACAAAUUUGGGUCUACCUCUAGCAGGCCCUGUACCACUCCCAGAGACACUCGAUACCGAAAUGAUGAAACAAUACCAACGGUAUAGCGGGGAGUUUGCGUUGAACAGCAUGCCAUUCACGCCCAACCAAAAUGGCUAUGUCCCCUACGUAGACUACACCCGUGACUACGCGCCCCCCGACACAAGUUCCCUCUCACGAAGCACGGAUAUGUCCACAUACCAGAGUCAUUGUGGAUCAUUGAACAGGCAACAGAGUUGUGGAAGACUUACCGGGAUGGGACCGGAUUUGAUACCAAUGUCGAAUCCCGGCGUUAUAAUGUCUGGUGUGGACGUACGGUAUGCAGCGACGUAUGGCAAUCCGUAUUUAACUGGCAGUGGACCUCUUGCAUAUCCUCCACAACCAAAUACUUCGUCUAAAAAUGCACCGCCACCCUAUUAUACUUUGAAGAGUAUUCAUCAUCAAUCAGGUGGUAUGACGUCACCACCGUGUACAUCAUCAUCUCGUAUCGCUUCUAGUCCCCAAGGCACAUCAGCUCAACCGCAGGCACCUAAAAUAAACCAGUCGGCCCUUUACAUUUUGCCGCCGACAAGCCAAGGUCUGCAAACUUCAAAAUUAUCUAAAGGUAAUGGCACGGGAAACGGGACUCACGUUUGAUCUCAUUUUGAUAUAUUUUUAAGUGUGUGUCUCUUAGUGUAAUUGAAAAUACACCUGGUGGCAAAUAAAAUGGUACAGUCGAGAAAAUAAUUUUUUUUAUUAGAAAUGUAUGUUCGGUCAGAAAUUGUGAAUUUAAUACGAAUAUUGAAGGCCUAAAAUUUUUAAAGCUUUAAAAUAGAUGUCAAAGAAUGUAAUUUUAAGUAGCUUAAAGAGAUUUACUUAGAUGAUUGUAAAUAUUAAACUAGGUGUGAAGUUUGUAGACAUUUUAACACAUUUGUUACAAUAAUAUGUGUGACGUCAUAAGAAAUUAGUAAAUUAAACAUUAUACAAAAAAAAUUGAAGUCAUAUUGUAUUUAUAAAUAUUUUGAAAUAGCUAUUUCAAUCCGUAGUCUUUAAAAUAUACAUUUUCUUUCUGGAUAAUGUCUAAGAAUGUCAUGUUAUCGAUACAAUGUCUUUUAGAAAGGAAUCGUCUUCUUUGUAUUUCAAAAUAUGCAUAUCUCUUAUUACCUAUUUAACUUGAAUGGGUGGAGAUUAUUUCAUGUGAUUAUCAUAAUACAUUUUAAAUUUAUUUUCUUUGGUCUCCUAAGGAUUGAUACAUUUUGUGGCAAAUGAAUAUUAAAAUCUUUAUCAAAAAAUCUCCUGAAAUUCCUGUAAGCUUUAUUUAUAAAGGGCAUUAAUUAAAUAACUUAAGAAAUAUGAAUUAUUGUUUAAUAGUGUUACUUUAAUAAUUAAGCUAUGUAAAACAUGAUUACAAAAUCCAAAUUAUUCUAUUUUCUACAUUAGUUACUUUACUUCUUAAAAAAUACAAACUUCACACCAACUUUAUUACUAAGACUGAAAUGUAAAAUAAUUCUACCAUAUAGGAUGUAUUAAUGUGUUUUUAAACUGCCUGAUUUUAGACGUCUAUAAAAUAAAUUAUGGAAUUGAUAUUUUUUCUUGCACGCGUUUUUACGCACAGCGUUGUAGGCACUUAUGUGCAAUGCAAUUUAGAAAAUAUAUGAUAAAGGUAGCCAUUUUCUUUCUUUUCUAUAUUAACGAUGCAAAUUGAAUUUUUUUUCUGUUCAAAUAUCUGGAAUAAGUACUGUAUUUAAAUAUUACUCCUACCAUUUACCUUGGUGCUUAAUUUGGUUAAGCAAUUAAUGAUUUUUUUAAUUUAUUACUUUUAUUACGUCACGAAUUAGGCUACCUUUAUUGUGUAUUUUUAUACAAAUAAGUAUUUUACACACAAAACUGUUCACACAACGUCAUGUAUUAAUAAAAUUUGAUUUAUUUUAUAAGUUUUAAACUGAAUGAAUUUGUGUAUUAAUUUGAUAGGUACAUUAUUAUUAUUUU